CAGACAACGGGCCUACCAGACAAAACCAGGAUGUGACAUCAUUCACAGAAAGGGAAGCCACAUAACUUUUCUACUUGUUGUUUUGAUCCAUUUUCUUGGGAGGUUUUCGUACAGUAAAUGUAACCGAUGAAUGGGAAGAGAAAGAGUCUUUGAUAGUUUGGAUUGACACUCUGCCCUCUUGGAGAAAAGAGGAAUUCUUUUCAGGUUUCCCACAAAUCCUUCAACAUUCCAUGUGUCUUCAGUGGGACUAGAGCCAGCAAUGUUAGAUCUCAUGUGACGUGGGUGCUCGGAGAAAGCGUGAUCAGACAUGCCAGUGUUUGACGUGACUGGAGGGGGUGGAAUAAAACCUCCUCUGUCCAAUAGAUCCAUUCAUCUUUUGAAGAAACUUCCCCAUUUGAUUGGACCCAAGGAAUCAGUGUAAACAAUCCUGACUGGUGGCCAACCUCUCCAUCAACCUCCUCAGAUUUCCAAUGGAUUUUUGCCUGGGACAGGUUUUCAGCAAAGAUAAGACGUUUCGGCCUCGAAAGCGUUUCGAACCUGGAACACAGCGCUUUGAGCUGUAUAAAAGAGCCCAAGCUUCGUUGAAAUCAGGCCUGGACCUUAGGAAAGUUGUGCAGCUGCCAGAAGGGGAGAGCAUUAACGAUUGGAUAGCCGUGCAUGUGGUGGAUUUCUUUAAUCGUAUCAACCUCAUCUAUGGGACGGUCAGUGAGUUCUGCUCUGAGAAGACAUGCCCCAUCAUGUCCGGUGGGCCACGUUAUGAAUACAGGUGGCAGGAUGGGGAUCAGUACAAGAAGCCCACCAAGCUGCCUGCUCUUAUUUACAUGAACCUUCUGAUGAACUGGAUCGAAUCACUUAUCAACAAUGAAGACAUCUUUCCUACACGAGUAGGAGUCCCCUUUCCUAAGAACUUCCAGCAGGUCUGCAAGAAGAUCCUGAGCCGAUUGUUUCGGGUGUUUGUACAUGUCUACAUUCAUCACUUUGACAUCAUCUGCAAUAUGGGGGCGGAAGCUCACAUCAACACCUGCUACAAACACUAUUAUUACUUUAUCUCUGAGUUCACCCUCAUCGACCAGUCAGAGUUGAGGCCUUUGAAAGAAAUGACAGAAAGGAUCUGCCACUGAAAGAAUGUGGAGAAUGGAUGUGCCCUGGCACAAAACUCAAAAACGAGCCAGUAAACUAAUCAUUUCAAACAUUUAGAACAAAACAACAAUGUACUGUAUUUAAAUUCUGAUCUAAGAUCAAAGCCUUGUUUGUUUAUUCUUACAUAAUUCUGUGUUUCAUUCUAUUAUGGAUCUCAAAUAGUUCGAAAUUCGAAAAGAAUAGUUUAUCAAUCAAUGUCAACUAUGAGCAACAAAAAACAAAAAUUAUUGACAUCAAAUGUUGACUUGAGUUCCAUUUUAGAAAAUUUCAUAAUGUGACUUGGAAGAUAUUUGUCCUUCAGGGAACUUUUCUUGAAAUUGCAUGUUCUGAACUAAUAAUAGUAAUAGUUUUAGAGCAGGUUACAUUCUUGCUGUGUCGUGUCUGACUCUGUAGGGACAGACGCCUUCUCUAGUACCUUUAUAUAACCAGAGCAUGCAUGUGCACUAAGAAACCAUUAUAUAGGGGCAGUUGUGGCCUAAUGGGUAGAGAGUCGGACUCAUGACCAGAAGGUUGCCGGUUCGAUUCCCAGGGCCGGCGGGUAACAACUGAGGUGCCCUUGAGCAAGGCACCUUACCCCUACUUGCUCCCCGGGCGCUGCAGUGAUAGCUGCCCACUGCUCCGGGGGUACGUGUGUUCACUACUCUCUGGAUGGGUUAAAUGCAGAGGUCACAUUUCGUUGCCUUGUACAUGUGCAAUGACAAUAAAUUGAAUCUAAAUCUAAAAAAAAAUCUAAAUCUAAAAUUAUAUGAUGCCUGUGACUGAUGAUGAACAGUACUGAUCAAUACUUUUCGAAUUUCAGAUAGUGUUUUAAAAAUGUGCUGUUUUUAUUGCAUGUAAACCAGUUUCAAAUAUAUUUUUCUUUUGACAUCUUUUGACUUCUUUUCCUCAAGAAAUUACAUUUUUGGAUGGGACCUUGGAAAAUCACAUCUGUGACUGAUUGAUUUUUAUUAUGUUUUAUUAAGUCCAUAAUAUUACAUACAGGUUAACACAAUGCAAUAUGCAUUAAAUGGAUACUUCACCCAAAAAUAAAAAUU